AUGAAGUGCAUAUCUUGCGAGGGCAAAUACGACGGAGAUGCCGGCGCCUGCAAGCAGUGCUACGAGGACCUCAAGGCUAAGGUCGCUUUUCUCGCAAUGUCCAAUCGGUAUCCCUUAACCUUCUGCACCGACGUCGUUCUGCAUGCCUCGGACGACGGCCAUUCUGGGGGCCCUGCACGAGCUAUGGCCCAUGAGGCCGUUUUGGCAAGCCGUUCUCCGGUGUUCAAAGCCCUCCUUCAUAACGAGACAAAAGAAAUCCAUAUCUACGAAUUGUCGCUCCAAGAACUUGGUGCCUUGAUCAACUACCUCUACACGGCCGAGAUAUGCCUUGAUCAACAAUUGGCCCGUAAACUCCUUGUAGUGGCUGAAAAGUACCAGCUGCAUCAUCUCAAAGACUUGUGCCAGAAGUUCUUGGUGUCCAACCUCAACUGGGACAAUUCACUUGCGACCUACACCUUCGGCCAUGAUCAUAACGACAAGCAGAUCAUCGACGCAGCCUUGAUGUUGAUCACAAACAACAUCGAAAAGCUUGCUUCAAGCGAUGAGUACGCAGACCUAAAGAGAAGUCAUCCGCAACUUGUAAUCAAAAUCUAUGAACAUAUUGUUGCAUCCUCUACUACUCCUUCGGCGAGAAGUUCUCUUCCCUCAUUUCAAUUCAACAACUAA